AUGGUCGAUAGGCCUCUCGCUACUGGGCUGCAGUGGCCACACGACCUUCAAAUACCACUUUACACAUAUACCACACACACUUCACAUAUGGUCGCCAGCGCACAUUGCCCUAUAUGCUUUACCAAUACCCCUCUGGACGCUGAAAGGUUCUCUAUCUUUCCCUGUGGCCAUGGAUUCUGUACAGGCUGCAUGGACGGAUUCUUCGCCAACAACCCACGGAGCCCAAAAUGCCCCACCUGCAGAGCCAAUAUCCGGAAACGAGACGGACACCCAGUGUACAUCGAGCUCGUCGACUCGCAUGCUGCCUUCCAGGCGAGCGUAGUGGAGGGCCUGGAGCAGAUGGGUCCGGACACGCCACUCGUGAGCGUGAAGAAGGCUGGAGUGAAGUUGGAACAGGUGUUGCGAGGAGGACGGCCGGAGGAGGGCGUCAUGCGAUCCCUGCUCAAGGCCGUUCAGGACUUCAGAGAGCGAGUCGCACCUGUCUUCGCCCAAGUCGAGACGCAGAAGCAAGAGAUCGAAACCCUGCGUGAAGACCUCCGCAGAGUCCGCCGGGACCGUGAAGGUGUCCAAGCAAAACUGAAGAAGACAGAACCACUGCAAGUUGAAGUCCUCCGACUGCGCACUGCGCUCUCAGAGACAGAACGCAACACUCAAGAAGCCAUUCGUCUCGCCGAACAGGCUAAAGAUGAGUUGGGCACCGCACACGCUUCCUCUAAUCAGUGGAAGAAACGCGUCGUAGAACUUGACCAGGAGAACAAGCGAUACAAAGACAUGCUGGAGAGACAUGCCAACAAUGCCCGCCUUCAGAAGGACAAGAACCGCAAGCUCAGCAAGCAAGUGGCUACUUUGACCGAGAAACUGACAGCGGAGGAAAGGCAGAGCGAGGCAUUGUCAGCCGUCAGUCAUGACUACGACGGCGAUUUUUCAGGCCACGAGCAGACACGAGUGCCCAGCAGCCUCCAUGUCGUCUCCUCAUCUCCUCCGUCUAGGAACCGCCGUUCCUUCCAUGAUGAAAAUAAUGUCGAGCUGGACUUCGAGGGGAUGCCACCUUCGCGAUUUCCAUCCGACUGGCAGAUCGGCGCUCCUGGCGUGCUGAAGAAGCGGAACAUUAACGGACCCGUCGGUGGGGGACAUCGGCGAGUCGCAAACCCAUUUCCUAUCAGUCUGGACCACAAAGGACAUCCCACACGCGCCGUUCAGCUGGGUCCGAAGUCGAUUAUCCACGUCGGACGCUGA